AGAUGAGACCCCGCUCUCCACACCAACCGCAAGAGACAGCCUUGACAAACUUUCUCUAACUGGGCAUGGGCAACCACUACCUCCGGGUUUUCCAUCUCCUUUUCUAUUCCCUGAUGGAUUGUCCUCCAUAGAGACCCUUCUGACUAACAUCCAGGGUCUACUAAAGGUUGCUAUAGACAAUGCCAGAGCUCAAGAGAAACAGGUCCAACUGGAAAAGACAGAGCUGAAGAUGGAGCUCUUCAGGGAACGAGAACUGAGGGAAACACUUGAAAAACAGUUGGCUGUGGAGCAGAAGAACAGAGCAAUAAUUCAGAAAAGGCUAAAGAAGGAAAAGAAGGCAAAGAGGAAAUUGCAGGAAGCACUUGAAUUUGAGACUAAACGAAGGGAGCAAGCAGAACAGACGCUGAAACAGGCAACUUCAACAGACAGUCUCAGGGUCCUAAAUGACUCUCUGACCCCAGAGAUAGAAGCUGACCGCAGCGGGGGCAGAACAGAUGCUGAAAGGACAAUACAAGAUGGAAGACUUUAUUUGAAAACUACUGUCAUGUAUUGAAUUUUGAAGAUACCUGUGCUACGGUAAAGAACUUUGCAGUAAGACAUUGGCUCAUAAGGAGUUCUGUGGAAACAAAGUGUUUUCAAGGCAACUUCCUCAACUUCAUGUAUCAAUGUGCUUCAAAAAUGUAAAGAAUUCUGCAAGAGUGUCCUCCUUUGGUUAUCUCCCAUGGCUCGACCCAGAGACCUAGAGAAUGUUUGUAAAUGUACAGUAGCACUCUUCUUACAGUGAAAAUCUGCAUCUCUGCACCGGACUAUUGUAUCCAAAAUUACAGGCAGGUCAGAACAAGGCUGAGUGUUCCCUUUUUCAAGGAAUGCAGACUCUGUCCUCCUCUGAUGAUUCUAUAUUUGAGCACAUCAAAUGAUCCUUCCAGCAGUGUCCAAGUACACUUACAGACUGUUAUAUCAUACCGAAACCAGCAAGACAGCUCAGAAAUGAACUUGUAGAGGGCAUAAGAGGAUUCUUAUUAAAAUAAAAAAGAGGAAAAAA